AUGCAGCGGCAGAGAGAGGCGGCCGAGACGUCAUCGGAGAUAAGGUCCGCCAUUGAAGAGCUCUCGGCUGCGGAGGAGAGGGACGGCGUUAAACCUGCGGUGGAGAGAUGCGGAGAUGAUCUGCACACAACACUCCAAAUUCCCGUCAAACCCUUUCUCUCAAUAUGCAACCUUCUGAUUCGAGUUCUUGAUAAGAUCGGGCCAACAAUGGCUGUCCUGAGGCAAGACAUUCAUCAGAAUAUCCAGAGAUUGGAGACGGUCUAUGAUUCUGAUCCAUUGACAUAUUGGGAUGUGGUUGAAAUAUUGAAGAAAGAGGUCAGCGAAGGAAAGGCCAAAAAGGGUCCUUCAUGCAGUAAAGCCUUUGUUUGGCUUACCAGAUCUCUUGAUUUUUCAAUAACUUUAUUAAAAUUACUUGUCGACGAUUUUGAGAGGAGCAUCGAACUAGCCAUCGAAGAGUCAUAUAAUAUCACUCUUAAGCCGUGGCACGGAUGGAUUUCUUCUGCAGCAUAUAAAGUAGCACUCAAAAUAGUGCCCGAUACCAAAAGUUUGAUAGAUAUACUCAAGGCCAAAGAUGCAAAUGAUGAUAUGGUUAAAAAGGAAAUGCAAACCCUAAUUUCAUUACUAGUUCCUGAGUUAGAACGAAACUACGAUACUAUGAGAAUGUAUGGGCUGGAUAAGUUGAAAUCAACCUGA